GGCGUACGUAGUAUAAAGGCACACCUAGUGAUGAAACGUCAUCGAAUUUGUGCCUGGGAGGGAAGACUCGGGGAACCCGACUUGCGGCUUUUGCACUGGAUUUGGAUGGAGACCCGCAGCGGCGCUCGGAAACGCCAAAGCCCAGACCCAGACCCUGGCCGGUCGGCACGGAGGGAUGCAAAAUCCGAGCAUUCAAACACGGCCGGGACGCUAGCUGAAUGGAUGGAAUCACACACAUAAAGCAAGACACAUCUCCCACACCUGUGGACAGUAAUGAUCAAGACCUGCUCCCUGAGCCCGUUUGUCUUGCCGUCAAGAUUGACGCUGGCAUCCGCCUUUGGGAGAUCUGACUUGCACACGACUAACACGCACCACACCCACGCAUCCUUGAAGAUGUCGACUGACAGCACCAUCAAUGGCCGCACCCAGCAGCCCAUGCUUGCAUCCCAGCGAGCAAAGCAGCAGGCCCAGGCUGACGAGAAGCCGCGAUCGCGCGGAGUAUCCGCAUACUUCCCUCUGGGAUACAAGGACGCCGCAUACCAAUGGUGGACGAGCAUAACCCCCACGGCCGCUGAGCGCAGCGUCCUCUCCUUCGUCCCUAUUCUCAAAGAAGCUGCCGCCGACGGCUCCGCGCAGACCGGCAGCGUCACCAAGAACGAUCCCUUCGGAACCCGGGAAUGGCGGUCUACGAUGGUGGAGUUGUCCGGGAAGAACCGGGGCCUGAACGAGUUCUCGGUAGAGCGAGUCGGCGAGCAGGUUGACGACACCCUCGUCAUGUUGCACGGCUACGGCGCCGGCCUCGGGUUCUUCUACAAGAAUUUCGAGCCCCUGAGCCGGAUUCCUGGCUGGAAGCUGUACGCGCUGGACAUGCUGGGUAUGGGAAACUCGAAACGGCCAGACUUCAAGAUCCGUGCCAAGGAUCCGCAGGCGAAGAUUACCGAGGCCGAGAACUUUUUCAUAGACGCCCUCGAAGAAUGGCGGAAGAUUCGCAAGAUCGAGAAGUUCACGCUCCUCGGGCACUCCCUAGGCGGCUACCUUGCCGUGUCGUACGCGCUCAAGUACCCGGGUCACCUGAACAAGCUCAUUCUCGCGUCUCCGGUCGGCAUUCCGGAGGACCCAUACGCGGUCAAUGCUGCCAUGCCGGAGCCGGGAGAGUCGACCAUGGAGAACGAGUUCACUCAGGGGCAGGAGAGCAUUGUCAACCCGGAAACCAAUGGCGACAACAACAACUUCCCAGGCGCCAGGAACAAGAAAGCCGCGGCCGCAAGCAACGGGACGAACAACGCCGGCCCCCGGAAGAAGCCGCUACCGGGCUGGCUCGUGUGGCUCUGGGACGCCAACGUCUCGCCAUUCAGCUUUGUCCGCCUGACGGGCCCUCUCGGCCCGAGGUUCGUCUCGGGCUGGUCCUCCCGGCGCUUCAACCACCUCCCGGCCGACGAAGCGCAGGCCCUCCACACCUACGCCUACAGCCUCUUCCGGCAGAAGGGCAGCGGCGAGUACUCGCUGCCCUACAUCCUGGCCCCCGGCGCCUACGCCCGCAGCCCCGUCAUCAACCGGAUCCAGGACGUCGGGCGGCAGAUGAUCGCACCCACCGCCGCCGGCGCGCCGGCCGUCCGGGAGACGGGCAUACCCGUGGUCAUGAUGUACGGCGACAAGGACUGGAUGGACGUGGCGGGCGGGUACGCGGCCGAGGAGAAGCUGAAGCAGCGCAUCGUCAAGGCGCUGCUGCACGGCACCGACGAGGAGAAGCGCAGCGAGAACGGCAGCGCAAAGGUCGUCAUCAUCCGCAAGGCCGGCCACCACCUCUACAUCGACAACCCGGACGAGUUCAACGAGGUCGUCGCGAGUGAGAUGCGGGAGACGCAGGCUCACGGGGCGAAGCUGAGGGCUUUGCAGUAAUUAGGUGGCGGGGGGCAUGUUAGAGAGGACGAUCGUAAAAGGGGGGCGCUCCUUAGAAGAGGGAGAAUAUUUAGGGGCAUCAGCUUGGAGUUGGGGGUGUUGUUUUAUUUUGUGUUGAUGUCUAUCGAGGCGGUCCAAGCAAUCUUCGGUUUGGGUCUUGCAUAGACUCACAUUUUUUGGCGAGUAGGCAGUACUCGACUGAAAUGUUGUUUGGAAUUGUAUAUCUAGAGAGGGUCUCUGAGCA